AUGAUUAUCACUGGUUUGUCGUUGGAGACCCUUGCAACAUUAGUGAGUUUGGUGUGUGCACUGCGCGCCUUCCAGCUCUUCUUAGAUUUCCGUCGACUGUUGGAAAGCAUUCAUCACCUUCCAGGAUACAGAACAAUCAUCGAUCACUUAAGCGUGCUCGAAUGCCUGUUUCCCCCGAUCCCCUUGUUGAACUUAGGUCAUGACCAUUCUUGGCUGUUGAAGCAUGCCCCCUUUGCAGAGAGGGGCCUUGAUAUAAUUUCUACUGUAAGUCAAUGGUUCUAUGUGGCAUGCUGGCCGAAAGCAGCGGGAUCGCUGUUCAUAGCAGACGCCAAUGUAAUCAAGGACGUUGUUUGGUCUCGUGGAGGACGCUUCCCGAAACCUCUUGGACGAUAUGCCAUAUUAGCAUUCUUCGGGGAAAACAUUAUUGUUUCCGAAGGCGACCAAUGGAAGCGUUACCGCAAGAUCGCCGCACCUGCGUUUUCAGAAAGUAACAAUACACUGGUCUGGGAUGCAACGAUACAGAUCAUGCUCGACCUUUUUGAUACAAUGUGGGCUGGACAAGAAGAAGUGGUUUUUAAUCACUCCGUAGAUUUGACUUUUCAAAUUGCUCUGUUCGUUAUCGGGGCUGCAGGCUUUGGUCGUCCUAUAACCUGGAAGGAGGACGCUGUGGUCCCACUCGGACACCAACUUACUUUCAAAGAUGCUAUCCACACAGUGACACAAGACCUCACCCUUGCAUUAUUAGUACCGAGAUGGGCCAUGGGACUUACUAAACGUUUCAGACGUGCAAGGCUCGCCUUCGAUGAAUUGCAUCGAUACCUAACAGAGAUGAUCCAUGAACGACAGGUAUCCCAGCAGGAAGAUCGUCACAACCUGUUAUCCAGUUUGUUAUCAGCAAAUGACGAUGAUAAUUUGUCGAAGGACGAAGUAAAGCUGAGUGACAGCGAAUUAAUUGGCAAUAUCUUCAUAUUUUUGGUCGCAGGACACGAGACGACAGCCCAUACACUUUCUUUUGCGUUCGCACUAUUGGCGUUACAUCCCGAUAAGCAAGAAGAAAUGUACCAACAUAUCAAGCGCGUACUGCCUGAUGGAAGAAUUCCUACUUAUAAUGAUAUGCCGUCAUUGGCCUACUCUUCUGCCGUAUUCAACGAGGCACUGCGGAUGUUCCCCCCUGUUUCCGUUGUAACCAAGGUAAGUACCGAAGACACGACCUUCACCCUCGCAGAUGCGAACGGCACGAUGAAAACGGUCGUUGUGCCUAAAGGAUUGGAACUUGCACUGGACGUACCUGGGCUUCACUACAACCCUAAGUACUGGGAAGAUCCAUUCUCGUUUAAGCCCGAACGAUUCCUGGGUGAAUGGAACCGAGAUGCAUUCCUUUCCUUCAGUGGUGGUCACAGAGGGUGUUUAGGAAGAAAGUUCGCGGAAACCGAAGGAGCAGCUGUUCUCACCAUGUUAAUUUCGCGAUAUACGAUUUCAAUCAAGGACGAGCCGCAAUUUGUUGGCGAAACAUAUGAACAGCGCAAGGCGCGAGUACUUGACGCGCGAAGUAUACUCACUCUGGCACCAACCCGCCUUCCCCUGGUGUUCCGACGGAGGAUUUAA